ACAAAGGAAGGAAAACCCCCUUAUCAAGUCUUUGCCGCAAGGGGGGGGUAUGACAUUCUCUUGCUUUUCUGGUCAGUAUGUCAGUCUCUUCACUCUCACUGGGUUAUGUCUCAACAACAAAAUCCAACAAGACAGACAUCGCCUGUCCAAGUUCUUCAUCCAGAGCUUGUUUGCUUUCUCCAUGUUGCAAGGUUGAAUCCUCAGGCAAACCGAUUCCCUCAGAGAAUCGAACCUCGAUGAAUUGCAAGAGAAGACUAGCUCUGCUGGGGGCGGGGACCUUAGUGGCAACUACAGUUCCAGCAAGCUUUCUUCUCGCUGAAGAGGUAGUACCAAAGAAUUUUACGCCUUUUGUGGAUCGUCAAGACGGGUAUUCUUACUAUUAUCCAUCGGAUUGGAGGGAAUUCGACUUCAGGGCUCAUGAUUCAGCCUUCAAAGACAGGUACAUGCAGUUGCAGAAUGUUAGAGUAAGGUUCAUACCGACAGAUAAAAAGGACGUCCGGGAUUUGGGUCCUAUGGAAGAGGUAGUUUAUGAUCUGGUGAAGCAUAUAUAUGCUGCACCAAACCAAGUAGCCACCAUAUAUGAUAUGAAAGAGCGAGUCAUCGACGGUAAAAGCUAUUACACGUUUGAGUAUGGGCUCGCCUCGAAGAACUAUGCAACCACUUCCUUCGCAACGAUAGCUAUCGGAAACAACAGGUACUACACACUGAUAGUUGGAGCAAAUGAGAGGAGGUGGAGAAGGAUGAAGAACAUGCUCAAAGUUGUUGCUGAAUCCUUCAAGGUUCUCGAUAUUUGAUUCUCCGUUUUUUUUUUCCUUUCGAGUUCUUACUCGUUUCGGGUUUCGCUCGUUUCUCUGAGUUACAUAUCUGUAGAUAUAUACGACGAAGCGAUGCUACAUAUAUAAGCCAUUAGGUAAUCUCAAAUGUUACAGCAUAUCUCCCACCA